AUGAAAGCGGAAGCCUUUGUGAAAACUGGCUGCACAGUUGCCUUCGACACCGCGGUGGUGAAUUCAGAUACCCAAAUCGAAGUUUCCUUGCAGCAGGCCUUGAAGUCUGCAGUUCGCCCGCUAGAUUAUGUCCCAGAAGGACAAAAGGAUUACUAUCCAGGGUCCAAUGAUAAAUUCGUCAAUCUGAUCAUCGCAGUCGAAGCUUGCUUCCAGAAGAGCCAAGGUGUCCCACCCAGAUUUCCCCCAGAAGGCGACACGGAACUCGCUGACUGGGAUAUCGGUAUCCUUGAUAAUGAUCCGCAGCUACAGCUGAAGCCAUACAGCCGUCAGUUUUAG